AUGAUUAAGUGUGAAAUUGAGAUAGAGCUCGGAGCACAGAUUGGACGUGGGGCGUCUGCGGAUGUGUACGAGGCGGUGUGCAAGGAGAACGGACGGCGUGUGGCGGUCAAGGUCAUCAACCUCGACUCGGUGGAGACGGACAUUGAUGAGUUUCGACGGGAGAUUGCGGUGAUGAUGCUGGCCGACCAUGAGAACAUUGUCAAGUACCACUGCUCCUUCCUCAACGGCUCCAAGCUCUGGCUCGUCUCUAACAUCGCCUCGUAUGGCUCGUGCCUGGACAUUCUUCGCACCGCUCACCCGCAGGGCAUCUUCAACGAGGAGAUCAUCUCGUACAUCAUCUACAAGUGCCUCCAGGCCAUCGAGUACUUUCACCGUAAUGGCCAGAUCCACCGUGAUCUCAAGGCGGCAAACAUCUUGCUUGACGCCGAUGGCCGUGUCCUGCUCGGCGACUUUGGGGUGACCCGAACGCUCGGCUCGGCAAAGUCGAUGGCGCGCACGUUUGUCGGCACUCCAUGCUGGAUGGCGCCUGAAGUACUGGAGCAGAGCUCGACCGGCUACGACGUCAAGGCCGACAUCUGGUCGCUCGGUGUGACGGCCAUGGAGCUGGCGCACGGCUCGCCGCCGUACGCGCGCUGGCCAACCAUGAAGGUCAUGCUCAUGAUCCUGCAGAAUGAGCCGCCGACGCUCUCGUCGAUGCAAAAGGAGAAGGACCCGACAAACAAGUCGAAGCGUAAGUUCUCGGCCUCUUUCAACAACUUUAUCGCCUCGUGCCUCAAGAAGAAGCCCGAAGACCGUCCGUCUGCCGAGCGCCUGCUCAAGCACAAGUUCAUCAAGCAGGCCCGCAAGAAGGCCGACGACUUUCUCAUCACCCACCUCCUUGCCUCGCUCCCGACUGAGACCCUGGCUGACCGCUUCUCGCGGAUCGACCGGUCGUCGUCGACCCACGAGGAGCAGAAGCAGGCUACACACCGAGGCAAGUUUGACCUCACACUCGACGAGGACUCGGACGACGGGGUGGCCGACGACUCGUCAUCCGAUGACGGGCGCACCUUUACCAGCGGCCGCUCCGGCUCGGCCUCGUCGAACCGACGCUCGCUCCACGCUGAUCCGGACUCGGCCAAGGCCGAGUCGUACGAGUCGGAGGACUUCUUCUCGUCAACCGACGACGGCGAGCCGGUGCCCGAGUACAUCCCGCACCCGCCGCAAACCGCCGAUGCGCCUGCAGCGGCCUCGCCUGUGGUCGACAAUGACCCCAACCUCAUCCGAAGCAGACUCGGUCGAUCCCGACGCGGCGUCGGCCGGCUCGUGCGCCUCUGA